AGUUAGAAAAGAAGCGUGUGCUGUACAACCGGAGGGAGACUCUUGGUGUAAGUGUUGUUCUUCCGAUUUGGUUCAAUCAAAUCAAUGAUGUUGAGGAGGAGGGGUUCUGUGACCUCCUUCUAUUCCAAAUUCAUCGAUUCUCACAAUCUUAAUUGUGGGCGUUCCUCUUCCUCUUCCUCUUCGAAUCCCCAUCGCGUCGCUGCUUCUGCAACUUCAUUCGAUAUCUCUUCCGCUUCUGCGUCUAAAGCUACGACCGACUUCGUGUCGUUGACCCGCCACUAUGGAAGGUGCUAUUGGGAGCUCUCCAAAGCUCGUCUCAGCAUGCUUGUGGUUGCAACAUCUGGGACUGGGUUUGUCUUGGGGAGUGGUAGUGCUGUUGAUCUUUCGGCACUUUCUUGCACUUGCUUGGGUACCAUGAUGGUUGCUGCAUCUGCUAACUCUUUGAAUCAGGUGUUUGAGAUCAAUAAUGAUGCUAAAAUGAAGAGAACAAGUCGCAGGCCACUACCCUCAGGACGCAUCACAAUACCUCAUGCAGUUGGCUGGGCAUCCUCUGUUGGAUUAGCUGGUACGGCUCUACUAGCUACGCAGACCAAUAUGUUAGCUGCUGGGCUUGCUGCUUCCAACCUAAUUCUGUAUGCAUUUGUAUAUACACCCUUGAAGCAGAUUCAUCCCAUAAAUACAUGGGUGGGAGCUGUUGUCGGUGCUAUUCCACCACUUUUGGGAUGGGCUGCAGCUUCUAAUGAUAUUUCACUAAAUGGAAUGAUUCUUCCAGCUGCUUUGUAUUUUUGGCAAAUACCACAUUUUAUGGCCCUAGCCUAUUUGUGUCGUGAUGACUAUGCUGCUGGAGGGUUUAAGAUGUACUCUCUUGCUGAUGCAUCUGGGCAUAGAACAGCAUUGGUGGCUUUAAGGAACUCUAUAUAUCUAAUCCCUUUGGGGUUCUUGGCUUAUGAUUGGGGUUUGACUUCUGGAUGGUUUUGUCUUGAGUCCGCUGCACUUACACUUGCAAUAAGCGCUGCAGCAUUUUCAUUCUAUAGAAACCGUACCAAAGAAAAGGCAAGGAGAAUGUUCCAUGCCAGUCUUCUUUACCUCCCUGUGUUUAUGUCUGGGCUUUUGAUUCACCGUCGUUCUGAAAACGAACAAUUCUUAGAAGACAAAGCAAAGGGUUUUGUGAAAUCUGCAUCCUCUACGGAGUCUUCAGAGUUGGAUGAUGAUAACGGCGAUCAAAAUAUCAAGGCCAGGCGUCCCUAUCGGACUGAAGCGCGUCCUCCCGUAUCGUAUGCCUCUGUUGCACCUUUUCCCUUUUUGCCUGCUCCAUCAUAUAACUUCCCUUGAUAUCUGUCAGUUAUACGGAUUUUGUAUGACUUCAACAUUUUCUCGGCCAAGUUUUGUUUGGUUAAGUUGAUAUAUUCAUUGAAAUGAUACAUUCUAAUUUGUCUGUUUAAGCCGUUAAGGUUGUUUUAUGUGCCACAAUAAAAAUUGAAGAUGCAUCUGUAAUCUGAAAUAAAUGAGAUUUUGUUUCUUUUA